GCCAUGGGGCUUCUCAAAACCCUCCUCCGAUCGAUCGGGCUGCAGCCGCGUUCAAUAGGCGACGCUGGGGAGGAAUCCGGCCCACUCGUACUAAACGACGAGAAGAAGAGAUUUCAAUCCAAGGAGAGUACCUGCUCGCUCCCACCAUACGAUGAGAAGAAGAGAUUCCAAGAAACGGAGAAUACGGGCCCGCCCCCACCAUGCAACGAGAAGAAGGAACCACAGGCCAAAUCUGGCUCAGAGAAAAACCCAACAGCAAGAGAGCUGGUCAAACAGAUAAGAGACGCAACGGAACGUACGACAGUAGCGACCAAAAGAAUAAUAAUAUUGACGAAUCGUUCGAGAGCAGCCACGAAGCGCACAGUGCAUCUGCUCGAGCUGCUUAUAGCCCGAGCUAUCAAGGUAGAACUUAAUGACCUUCAAGAACAGAUUGAUCGGGACGAGGGAAUUACUUUUAAUAUCAGAAGGGGGCUCAGGGCUAAGGAGGAGGUCCGCAUAACCUUUCUACCUGGAGAGAAGAAGGAGCCGCAGGCUAAACCCCGAGUUGAGAAAGACCUUACGCAGAAUACGCAGAUGGAUAUCCUCAAACGGGCGGCAGAUGAUGCGAAAUAUUGGGCAGAAGCGAUGGAACGUAGAGUAGCAUACAUGGAACGUUCGGUGGUAGCAAACGAGCGCACUGCAAAGAUAGUUGAGCAGAUCGUAGCUGAUAAUUGAGCAUAUUGUAGCUGAGGUG